AUGUCGACUGAAUCAUCAAGUCUAAUGCCUCACAGCGACACGGGAAGCAAUACUGGCUGUUGUGCACCCAAGCUUUGCCUCUCGCACAUGGACUCCUUCACACAUCUCACGGCGCCACCCACCACUAACCUAGACAUGAACGAAGCAGGCUUCAUUGGUUCUAUUGGCGUGACCUGGGCGUACCACUUUUGCAAACUCAGGACCAAGAAGGAGCAAAUGAACGACGAGUUGUACUUCAAGGAUCGAGAAUUCUCACGUGAAAGACAAAAGUGGAUGGCAGAAGAGAAACGCCUGUUCGAACAGAUAAACCCACUGCGUAUACAACUCGUUGCGACGAAGCGCGCGCUAGAGCACGAACGCAGUGCGAGACUUGAAUCGGAGAAAGCAUAUGAGACUUCGAGACUAGAGGCGCGCACGGCAUUUAGGAAGGCGGAGACACAGGAAGAUGAUAUCAGACGCCACGAAGACCUGGUCUCUGGGGCCCUUAGAAACAUGUUCGCUGAUGCAUACGACACCGAGUACCACCUUCACAACGUUGACGAUGGGUUCCAAAUAAACUGCCACGGGUGUGAAAUGAUCUUGCUGGCUCUUUUGUCCCCGCUUGGUAAGCUACGUCUGAAUCCUGGUGGGUGGAUUGAAGAGAUGGGGGACGAGACGAGCAAAGUUCGCGAGCACAAUGAGGAACUGUGUCGUGUGAUUAGUGGGUGUAUAUAUGAAGCGGCGGGGAUCUGUAAGUGGGAGCGAGCGGAGCAUACGCAUGAUCGCGAUUCGCAGUUCAUGCCGCAGUGCUCGACGUGUAUGAACAGUCUCAGGUCAGUCGUGGAGCGGGCGGAGAUUGUCAAUACGCUUGUCCUAGAGAAGGAGGAGUUGACAAAGGAAAUUGAUCAAUUGUCAAAGGUGUGUCGAUCAGAAGCGCGAGCUGCAAGAGAUCUUGUGGCAGAGCUGCGAGAAGAGCGCCUGAUCGAGGAGCGAAUUAAAGACUGGGCGGUGGGAACAAGUAUCGCCGACUUCAAGUCCGAGAACGACCAGCUUAGGAAAGAACUCGCCGAAGCUCAAGAGGGGAUCGAGACACAAUCUCACCUCGUCGAGGAGCUUCAGGGGCAGUUGGCGCGGGAUCAAGUUAAAGACAGGCAGAUCCAAGACUCUGCGCUCAAGAUCUUGUCAGAAUACCACGACUUAAAGAUUGAGAAUGUCCAGCUCAAAGAAGAUGUCGCCGACGCAGUGGAGAGCAAGAAUCGUCUGAGCAGUCUUUCCAUCGCGGAGAUGAACGACGCCUUGCAGACCAUAAAGAGGCUUAAAACGGAGCGCACCACCCAGGAGAAAUCAAUUGGAAUCGCAGAUCAGACUGUUGCACUCCUUUGUGAAGAGGCCAAACAAUACGAAGACCUCGCCCGAAACCGUCUGACCUUGCUUGAUGUACUGGCCCGAGGACAUAUCUCUGGACUGUUUGGUUCGAGGAACUUGGCCGAGAAUAGCGCUCUGGCUCGCAAUCCAGAGGAGCAAACCCACCCAAACGAUCCAAGCUACCUCUCGUACGCCAUGCUUGCUGAAACUCGAAUAUCAAGCCUCGUACGCUCGAACAGCUUACUACGUGCCGAGCUCAGCGUGUCUCAUAGUACUCUAGCCGAGCGCAACGAAACACUUACCGCUAUGGAGGAAAAGCUAGAUGCAAGUGAAAGUCGACUCCUACACGAAGAGAUGUCCAACAGCCUUGCACAGUCCAAGAUAUUAGAUUUAGAAGGGACGAUCGAGACACUACAGGCUCAAAUGAAGGACAUGAAUAUCCAGUAUAUGAAGCUGAAAAUGUUUAUCCAAACACAAGCUCCGCAAACAAUAAGCGAGGUCAUCCAUCAGCAAGAGCAAGAGAUUGAGUGUCUGAAGUACCAGGCACAGCAUACACGUGAGCGUAAACAUGUUUCCACGGAUGGACCAGCUAUGCAGUAUCCGCAUGAUUGUCUGGAGGAUCGUUCGGUGGAUGAAGAAGAAGAAAGGGAGGCAGAUAACCACCGACUGAACUCUGAGAUGUAUCGUACGGAGGUUGCGGACUGGUUCGCUGGAAAUGUCUCAAGUGUCACUGGGCUCUCUCCGGAUCUUCAAGACUGGCGUGAUGUAUGA